CAUUCACCAGCCACCUUUCACAAGCAGGCAGUGUCAGUUUCCAUUUUCUACGAAGGACACUCUGCUGUGACAGUAGGAAGCAUUUAGGUCUACCAAACCCUGAUUUAUGGGUUCUGUCUGUUUUUCCUUUGUGGAUUGUUGGGGGAGACAUAGAGGGAUUGUUGAGUUAAAAGCUUUGUGAGAUUUUGGUAUCUAAAAAUGAGUACCAGUAAAAGUAUAGUUUGGUUUAGGAGGGACCUAAGGCUUGAGGACAAUCCAGCCUUAUCUGCUGCUGCAAGGGAAGGUAGCGUCUUUCCCGUCUAUAUAUGGUGCCCUAAAGAAGAAGAGCAGUUCUACCCCGGUCGAGCAUCCAGGUGGUGGCUGAAGCUAUCUCUUUCCCACUUGGCGCAGUCAUUGAGGUCUCUCGGGGCUGAACUUACUUUGAUCAGGACUGAAAGUACUCUUACUGCUCUUUUGGAUUGCAUCAAGGCAACCGCGGCAACAAGAGUAGUGUUCAACAAUCUUUAUGAUACCAUUUCACUUGUUCGUGAUCACAGCAUUAAAGAGAAACUGGUGGAACUUGGCAUUUCUGUGCAAAGCUAUAAUGGAGAUUUGUUGUAUGAACCAUGGGAAAUAUAUGAUGAAAACAGACAUGCUUUUACAACCUUUGAUGCUUACUGGGGUAAGUGCUUGCGUAUGCGAGCAGAGCCUGUUACACAUCUUCCCCCUUGGCAAUUGAUUCCAAUUGCAGGGACAGUGGGAAAAUGCUCCAUUGAGGAAUUGGGUCUUGAAAAUGAAUCAGAAAAAUCUAGCAAUGACUUAUUAGGAAGAGGUUGGUCUCCAGGUUGGAACAAUGCCGAGAAGGUUUUUGCUGAAUUUGUUGAACAUCAUCUGCUUGAUUAUUCAAAAAAUAGGCAAAAGGUUGCGGACCGCUCCACAUCCCUUUUGUCCCCGUAUCUUCAUUUUGGAGAGCUAAGUGUGAGGAAAGUUUUUCAAUGUGUGCGGAUGAAACAAAUACUUUGGAGAAAAGAACAGGACUCUCAAGGGGAAGAAAGUGUAACAUUUUUCCUAAAGGCAAUCGGUCUUAGAGAGUACUCCCGUUAUCUUUGCUUCAACUUCCCAUUCACUUAUGAGAGAUCACUGAUGAGCAACUUGAAAUAUUUUCCUUCAAAUUCAGACUCAGGCCACUUCAAGGCCUGGAGACAGGGAAAGACUGGUUAUCCAUUGGUGGAUGCUGGAAUGAGAGAGCUCUGGGCAACUGGUUGGAUACACAACAGAAUAAGAGUGAUUGUGUCAAGUUUUUCAGUGAAAUUUCUUCUUCUUCCAUGGCAAUGGGGGUUGAAGUAUUUCUGGGACACACUUUUGGAUGGAGAUUUAGAGUGUGAUAUCCUUGGUUGGCAGUACAUCUCUGGGAGCUUGCCAGAUGGGCACGAGCUGGAUCGAAUGGACUGCCCACAGAUUCAAGGCUCCAAAUAUGACCCAAAGGGUGAUUACGUAAGGCAGUGGCUGCCAGAACUAGCAAGAAUGCCUACCGAAUGGAUUCAUCGUCCUUGGGAUGCACCCCUCAUCGUGCUUAAAGCUGCAGGGGUGGAGUUGGGUUUAAACUAUCCAAAACCAAUAAUUGAUAUACAUUCAGCUCGGGAACGCCUGACUGCAGCUAUAUUAAAAAUGUGGGAAAGGGAAGCAGCUGCUAGGGCUGGGACUUCAGAUGAGACAAAUGAAGUUGUCUUCGAUAAUUUGGAAGGCAAUGAGAAUCCAGCUAUUCCCAAAGUUAUCCUUGAGGAAAAUGCUCCUUGUCCGACCCAUUCACCUAAUGAUCAGAAGGUGCCAUCAUUUCAGAAUUGUGAUAAGGCUUCAUCUUAUAGGAAGAGACCAAAGCAUAUUGAAGAAGAAGACAAAAAUGAUUCGGACAGUCACAUGGCAGAAGCUUCUAUCUCAAGAACAAUCUCAACAGCUGAGUCUUCUACAACUAAGAAGAAGACUAUUAGCUGAAUAUUUCAGUUCCCCAUUCUUGCUCUUCAUCUGAAAGCAGGCCCUUGCAUGAGUAUGAAUCUUCUGAUAUUAACCAGUCAUGACAAGAAUGGAUUGACUUGGAGCAGAGUUCUAGCAAAACUGGAAAAACAAAUGGUUGAUUCGAGGGUGCUGCAAUUUCAUAGCAAUUUACUUAGGUGUGGUAUCUCAUAUUUGUGUGUGCUAAUCAUCAGCUGUUUCCCGUGUCUCCGAAGACAGAGCAUGCAGCAUGCUUCUUCCAUCUUGUUAAUAUUUUAUUGCUUUGUGUUUGUAUAUUCUUCUUUGGUCAGUGCUUGUGUUUGUAGAUUUUACCUAGUGAACUAGACCACUUAUGUUAUCCAGUUUACUGUCCCUAGCAUUCUAGCAACAAAUAAGGGUUUUUCUUUCUAUUGCUUGCUUAUCUGAUCUUCUCGGUUUGAUGCCUGUUAUUGGGCACAGGGUGCAGUAUUCACCUU